AGCAACUCAGGGCUGAGCACUCACAGAACACUAGCUUCCGGUCUGGCUUUUUGGGAGAAAAUCAUUUGGAAAAAUUGGGUGUUUAUUUAUGCCGACAUUAGAAGACGAACGACCAUGAGCUCUUGCUGCGGAACUCAGACGCCGCGAUGCUGUGAGUGUCCGCCCGGCUUGAGGCUGGAGAAGAACCCACAGGCGCCCAUCUUUGACAUGCUGGGUCCGCAUCCGGACGAGGUGAUCAUGACGAUACUAGACCGCAUCCUCUAUCUUUCGGGGGCCACCAAAAUAAUACCCAUGCUGGAGCUGGCUUCCUACGGAUCGGUUCUGAAAAAGGAUUCCUGUCCCCCGCCUUCCACCUGUACACCCAGCCAUGGCAGUUCCAUCAGCAGCUCGGCUCAUCCUUCGUCCUCGAUGUGGAAUACCUGCUGCUCCAACCCGCCGAGUAGCUGUUGCUCCAAGCCUACCAGCAGUUGCGGCAGCGGAAAGGUUACUGCAGUGCCCUGCAAUCCCAAGGAUUCGCCAGCACCCUGCACUCCGAAGUCCUGCUGCAAGACCUCGAGUCGUCUAAGUGCCGCCGCCUGCUGUCCCCGGCAGCGAACUCCGCGGGUGGACUUUGAUCAUCCGGCGGAGAUCAUUCCGAUGAGAAAGAAGGCAGGCAGUACGGCAAUACAGGAACGCCUGGAGCGCAUGGAUCGCUCGAUUUCCACUUGCUCGGUGGCCUGUCAGCAGCUGAAAACCAAGCUGGCAUCCGCCGGCAAGGACCAAAAGUGGCUGUGGACACGCCUCAUUCGGAGCAACAAUGGCUGCAUGGUCUACGAGGUGUACAAGGAGUCCGAUGGGGACAACUCGCCCUCCAGGAUCGGUUCGGAAUCACCCAUCAUCCUUUUUCUGGUCAUGCCCAAUGGUUAUAUUAUGCCUUUUGAGUCGAUUGGUAGUCCUUAAAGCAGAAGGGUUUGCACAUAUUGUAUGCGCUAUUGCAUACUUUUUUAAUUGUGUGGUCAAUUUAAAAUAUAAACUUUUACCCAGAUUA